AUGAAUUUCCUUGGCCUGAAAGAAGAUUGUGAGACCCUUCUCAGCCGCUUCCAGGCCACCGACAGUGUGCGUUAUGAGGAAUUUCUGUCAGUAUGGAAAGAGAUGAAGUUCCACACCAUAUUCUUUGGUGGGAUGAGGAAUCUAGAAAGCAACAGAUUCAGCAAAGAAGCAUUAUCUGUGGCCUCCCCCUUUUUCCUGCCGCCAUACACAUUUCAGAUACGUGUGGGUGCUCUCUAUCUACUGUAUGGUCUGUACAACACCCAGCUCUGUGAGCCCAAGCAAAAGAUAAGAAUAGCUUUGAAGGACUGGACUGAAGUGGAAAAGUUUCAUCAGGAUCUGGUCAGCUCUCAGCAUUUAGAUGCUGUUUACAUUUUCAGACAAAUGCGCCGUUGCAGAGCCUUUUAUUUCACAGCGAUGCCCAUGAUGCUGACAUUUAAGUCACAGAAGAGCAUACCUGCUGAUGAUGGUAAAGAAGAGUUCAAAGAUGUGAGAGACAGGGUCGCUGAUCUUGUUACUACUGAAAGUUUGGAGGAAAUGGUAAACGUUCAUGAACACUACCAAAAAAACAAACAUCUGAUGCAUGCAGAUAAAUCAGAGUCUGAUAAAAGCCUGAGUUUGAUAAAGGAAGACCUUACUGAUAAUCUGAACUCCUUGGUCUCCCAGUAUCAGUGCUGGAGGCAGGAAAACAGGGCACCAAGGAUGAAAAAUGAUGAGGAGAAAGAAGGGACUUCUCAAGAGUCAGAGGGCUCAGAGAGAGCAAGAGUUUUGGCUGGGAUAAAAUCCAAGUCUUAUACUGCUGUGACUCAGGCUGCGAAGUCAAGACGGCAUCGGCAGGUCCAGCUGGCAUCCUCUGAAUCUGGUUCCGAUUACAAAAGUACAAAAGCUGAGAAAAGAAGGCUCAAAAAAUUGAAGUUCAAGGCAACAAAAGAAGCACAGAAGCAAACUUACCUUUCUUUGAUAAAGAAGAAGUCUUCAGUAAAAAUGCCAGCGAUUUCCGAGGAGGAUUCAUCUUCCAGCGGUGAAGAAGUUCCAGUCAAAAAAAGGAAAAGAAAACGUUAA